CAUUUGCAGCUCAGAAUAAUUCUCAACAGCAUCUUCAAUCAAUGUCACUUUUGAACGCGGAUUUGCUGAUAACCCCAAAGUCUAAACCCCCAGAACAAGAAAUCUCCAGAAGCUAUGGUUCGCGAUCCUUUUCAUGUCCGCCUUAUGGUGUAAUCAACAACUUUGCGAAUUUGAAAAAGACCUCGAAUAGCACAAGUCAACCGUCCUUAUAUUCUACUUCAACAACGAUCCCGAUGCAUCGUUAA